AACCCAUAAACGAAAUUUUUUUUUGUAAGAACUGAAGUAACAGAAAGAGAGAAUAAGCGAAAUGGUGAGAGAAAACACAAACAUUCAUUACCUUUCUUCACGAUCUGUUAUCUUUCUCAUCAAAACCACUCCAAUUCAAGGUCACAAACCCUAAUCACACAAUUCCACAUUGUCAGAUCUCAAUUCCUCUCUAUACAAUUCUAUACCACACAUAUACAUAUAUUGUUGCUGUGUCUUUCUGUUUGUGUCUAUGGCGUGCAUAAAGGGCGUGAACAGAUCGGCGUCGGUGGUUUUCGCGCCGGACGCGACGUACCUGGCGGCGGGGACGAUGGCGGGGGCGGUGGAUCUUUCCUUCAGUUCGUCGGCGAAUCUUGAAAUCUUCAAGCUCGAUUUCCAGUCCGACGAUCGUGAACUCCCAUUAGUUGGUGCCUCGCCGAGUUCCGAGCGGUUCAAUCGGUUAGCUUGGGGGAGGAAUCCAUCGGGCUCCGAGGAAUUCUCACUCGGUCUAAUCGCCGGUGGGCUUCUUGACGGCAAUAUUGGACUUUGGAAUCCUCUCAGUCUGAUCAAUGCUGAGGAAACUCAAAGCGCUCUUGUUGGACAUCUUUCGAGGCAUAGUGGGCCUGUACGUGGUCUAGAAUUUAACUCUCAGUCUCACCAUCUUGCUUCCGGGGCCGAUGAAGGUGAAAUUUGUAUAUGGGAUGUGGCAAAACCAACAGAACCUACUCAUUUUCCUCCUCUCAAGGGUAAUGGAUCUGCUACUCAAGGUGAAAUUUCAUUUUUAUCUUGGAAUAGCAAGGUUCAACACAUAUUGGCGUCCACUUCGUAUAAUGGGACAAUAGUGAUUUGGGACCUAAAGAAGCAAAAGCCAGUGAUAAGUUUCUCAGAUUCACAUAGGAGGAGGUGCUCUGUUUUGCAGUGGAAUCCUGAUGUUGCCACUCAGCUUAUAGUUGCUUCUGAUGAAGAUAGUUCACCUUCACUUAGACUUUGGGACAUGAGGAAUACAAUAUCACCAGUCAAAGAGUUUGUGGGGCACACUAAAGGUGUAAUUGCAAUGUCAUGGUGUCCCAAUGACAGCUCGUUUUUGCUAACCUGUGCCAAAGACAAUCGUACCAUCUGCUGGGACACAGUUUCUGGAGAGAUUGUCUCUGAAUUGCCUGCAGGAACUAACUGGAAUUUUGAUGUGCACUGGUACCCAAAGAUACCAGGGGUUAUAUCAGCAUCUUCAUUUGAUGGAAAAAUUGGCAUUUAUAAUAUUGAGGGUUGCAGCAAAUAUGGUGUUGGAGAAGGUGAUUUUGUUUCAGUACCUUUGAGAGCCCCAAAAUGGUACAAACGUAAAGCAGGAGUCUCUUUUGGUUUUGGAGGCAAGCUUGUUUCAUUUUGCUCCACAAAUGCUCCAGCUGUAACUUCAGAGGUCUUUGUGCAUAACUUAGUUACAGAACACAGUUUAGUGAGUCGCUCCUCUGAAUUUAAAGCAGCGAUACAAAACGGAGAGAGAUCUUCGCUGAAGCUUUUAUGUGAUAAAAAAUCUGAAGAGUCCAUAUUGGAGGAUGAACGAGAAACAUGGGAUUUAUUGAAGGUUAUGUUUGAGGAUGAUGGAACAGCAAGGACAAAGCUGCUUAACCACCUUGGUUUCAGUCUACCUACUGAAGGAAAAGAUACUGUAGAAGACAUAUCUCAGGAAUUAAGUGGUCUUGGCCCCAAAGAAAUGCUAGCUGAUCAAGAAGGACAUGUGGGGAACAAAGAAACCACUCUCUUCCCUUCUGAUAAUGGAGAGGAUUUCUUUAACAAUCUUCCAAGUCCUAAGGCUGAUACACCUCUGUCGACUUCUGGGGACAACUUUGUUGUUGGAGCCUCUGUUCCUGAUGGGGAAGAAAUGCAACAAGAAACGAAUGUACAAAAGGAGAGUGUUGAGUCUACUGACCCAUCAUUUGAUGACGCCAUUCAAAGAACUUUGGUUGUUGGGGACUACAAGGGGGCAGUUGAAAAGUGCAUUUCUGCAAAGAAAAUGGCCGAUGCUUUAGUUAUUUCUCAUCUUGGUGGCUCUUUCUUGUGGGAGAGUACGCGUGAUCAGUACCUCAAGAUGACCCAUUCUCCUUAUCUUAAGGUUGUUUCUGCGAUGUUGAACAAUGACCUUAUAAGCCUUGUCAACAUUAGGCCCCUGAAAUCCUGGAAAGAAACACUUGCUCUCCUCUGCACUUUUGCACAGAGAGAGGAUUGGACUUUGCUUUGUGACACACUUGCUUCUAGACUCAUGGGUGCUGGCAAUACGCUAGCUGCAACUUUAUGUUAUAUAUGUGCUGGAAAUAUCGAUAGAACAGUGGAAAUUUGGUCACGGAGUCUGGCAGAGCAUGAGGGAAAAUCUUAUGUUGAUCUUGUCCAGGAUUUAAUGGAAAAGACUAUAGUCCUUGCGUUGGCAACCGGGCAGAAGCGAUUUAGCACUUCUUUGUGCAAGCUUGUUGAGAAUUAUGCUGAAAUAUUAGUAAGUCAAGGGCUUUUAACUACAGCUAUGGAAUACUUAAAGCUUAUGGGGACUGAGGAAUUGUCUCCUGAACUCAUGAUCUUACAGGAUCGUAUUGCUCGUUCAGCAGAACCGGAAAAAGAAGAGCCCAGGUCUGUGGCUUUUGAAAACUCUCAAUCACAAACAGGAUCUGUAUAUGGUGCUGAACAAUCCAGUCUUGGUGCUUCUCAAAAUUAUUAUCAGGAAACAGCACCAUUGUUACCGCAGCAAAAUGUUCCUAGCAGUCCUUAUAGUGAAAAUUACCAACAGUCUUUUGGUUCUUAUGGGCGAGGAUUUGGUGCUCCUGCACCAUAUCAGUCUGCACCGCAGCCUCAAAUAUUUCUUCCGUCCCAGCCACCUCAAGUACAUCAGCCAACUUUUGCUCCACCUCCCGUUGCUGCUCAGCCUGCAGCAAAACCAUUCAUUCCUGCAACUCCUGCUGCGUUGAGAAAUGUGGAGCAAUAUCAGCAGCCCACGUUGGGUUCUCAGUUAUAUCCUGGGACUGCUAACCAUAGUUAUCAAGCUGGGAAUCCUGGUGGUGGUUCACUUGACCCAUUAUCUUCUCAACCAGGUCCACCUCCUGGGCAUAAGAUGCCUCAGGUUGUGGCUUCCACCCCAUCAACUAGGGGAUUUAUGCCAAUUACUAACUCAGGGAUUAAAAAUCCUGGAAUGGGUCCAAUGCAACCGCCAAGUGCUACUCAGCCAGCAUCAGUACAACGAGCCAUAACUUCUGCAGCUCCCUUGCUUACAGUACAGACAGCGGAUACUUCCAAUGUACCUGCGCAUCAAAGGCCUGUUAUUACAACUUUGACAAGACUUUUUAACGAGACUUCAGAAGCGCUGGGAGGUUCUCGUGCAAAUCCAUCUAAGAAGCGGGAAAUAGAAGACAAUUCACGGAAAAUAGGUGCAUUGUUUGGUAAACUUAAUGGUGGGGACAUAUCAAAAAGUGCUGCUGAGAGGCUUGCUAACCUUUGUCAGGCUUUGGACAAUGGUGAUUUCAAUGCUGCCCUCCAGGUCCAGGUUCUUCUUACCACUUGUGACUGGGAUGAAUGCAACUUCUGGUUAGCGACUCUUAAACGAAUGAUCAAGACUAGGCAGAAUAUGAGAUAAAUUAGAAGGCUAGUAUUCACCGACCAUCUCUACCAUGGUUUUUAGUUCUUACGCGUGGGGAUAUGUCAGGAUGCCCCCUUUUUCGAUGUACACAAGAUUCGGCAUCUCUAAAUUGGAUGGAAGGCUUUUGGUUGUGUGUUCUUUUACUCUCUGCCAGGGAUGAUCUCUCAUCUGGCUCCCAUUUCCAUUCUUUUGAAAGCGGUUAGAGUAGAUAGCGCGAAGGAUAUCAAAGGACUUUGCUGAUUUUUUUUUUUCAUUUACAUUUGUAGUUCUAAGAAAUAGAAUUUGUUUUCAUUUAGCAUAUUCUUUUGAAGUUGAGUCAGCAAGCUGCUUCUGAGUUCUGAGUAGUAGUUAGCAUCUGAAACUUUCCUUCCCCCUGGUUUUGUAUUUGCAGGCCAACACUUGUACUUUCAUCAAUUAUCAAUAAGAUGAAUUUUAGUUUUGUGAUUGGCAUCUUAA